AUGGCCGCACCGGGACCCCGCGCCUUACGGGCUGCGCUCUGUGGCGGCUGCUGCUGCCUCCUCCUGUGUGCCCAGCUCGCUGUAGCUGGUAAAGGAGCUCGAGGUUUUGGAAGGGGAGCCCUGCUCCGCAUGAACAUCUGGCCAGCUGUCCGAGGGGCCUGCAAACAGCUGAAACUCUGUGAGCGUUGUGUAGAGGGGGACAGAGCACACAACGUCUCUGGCUGCAUGUGGGAGCAGUGUCGGCUGGAGGAGCCAGGACACUGUGUGGCCCAAGAUGAGGUAGUCAAGGAAGGUUGUUCUGUCUUCAACCACUCAGAGUCAUGUUCAGCUGUGCACUACCACCCAACUUAUGAACCAAAGACAAUCACAACAGGUAGCCCCCAGGUCCCCAAGGCCCUCAGCCCUGGCUUUGAUGGGGCCAGCUUCAUUGGGGGCGUCGUGCUGAUGCUGAGCCUGCAGGCGGUGGCCUUCUUCGUCUUGCGCUUCCUCAAGGCCAAGGACAGCACCUACCAGACCCUGUGAGUACCUCUUCAGCCAGCCGAGGGCUGGCUCACUGCCCUUGCCCACCUCUGGCCCCUCAGGUCGCCGUUAGUGGCAGUUCACUGUCUUCUCAAUGGGGCAGCCUUAAGGGCAAUGACUCCCAACCUCCCCCAUGUGAGCAGAACCCCUUCUCCCUCCUCCAGUUGUGAAGUUCUCUCUGCUGGGUGUUGGCUGGGGCAGGACUCAGCCUGGGCCCGGCUGUCACAGCCCAACGAAGCCUACCUGUCUUUGUCCCCUCAUGCUGCCAGCAGGGAGGAGAACCAGUAGGUGACAGCCCAGGCAGCCUUCCACCUGCAGCUCUGUGGCUACGGGCAGGAGCCUGGGCCAUGUGUGUGGUUUGGUUUUCCUCUGCAAAGGGGAGCUGCUCUGAGGCCCCGUGUGCUGU